CGGAGCAUGGUAACUUCUCCAGCAAUCAGAGCGCUCCCUCUCACAUCAGUGGCAUGCUUCAUGGAGAUAUGCUCCUCUCACUGCCCUCUGCACCAGCAACAUGGAUUGUCACCUCUCCAUCCUCCUCCUUCUCAGCGGCUCUGUUCUCCACUGCUGCGGGGAACUGAUCCCCCAGCCUUCCAAUGAAGUCAAUCUGCUGGAUUCAAAAACAAUUCAAGGGGAGCUGGGCUGGAUCUCUUACCCGUCACAUGGGUGGGAAGAGAUCAGUGGUGUUGAUGAACAUUACACACCCAUCAGGACUUACCAGGUGUGCAAUGUCAUGGAUCACAGUCAAAAUAAUUGGCUGAGAACAAACUGGGUCCCCAGGAACUCAGCUCAGAAGAUUUAUGUGGAGCUCAAGUUUACUCUACGGGACUGCAAUAGCAUACCUCUUGUUUUGGGAACUUGCAAAGAGACAUUCAACCUGUACUACAUGGAGUCUGAUGAUGAUCAUGGGGUCAAAUUCCGAGAGCAUCAAUUUACAAAGAUUGACACCAUUGCAGCUGAUGAGAGUUUCACUCAAAUGGAUCUUGGGGAUCGAAUUCUUAAACUCAACACUGAGAUUAGAGAAGUCGGUCCUGUCAACAAGAAGGGAUUUUAUUUGGCUUUUCAAGAUGUUGGUGCUUGUGUUGCCUUGGUGUCUGUGAGAGUGUACUUCAAAAAGUGCCCAUUUACAGUGAAGAAUCUGGCUAUGUUUCCAGACACGGUACCCAUGGACUCUCAGUCUCUAGUAGAGGUUAGAGGUUCUUGCGUCAAUAAUUCUAAGGAGGAAGAUCCUCCAAGGAUGUACUGCAGCACAGAAGGAGAAUGGCUUGUACCCAUUGGCAAGUGCUCUUGCAAUGCUGGCUAUGAAGAAAGAGGUUUCAUGUGCCAAGCUUGUCGACCAGGUUUCUACAAGGCUUCAGAUGGUCAUACGAAGUGCGCUAAGUGCCCACCCCAUAGCUCUACUCACGAAGAUGGUUCGAUGAACUGCAGGUGUGAGAAUAAUUACUUCCGAGCAGACAAAGACCCUCCAUCCAUGGCUUGUACCCGACCUCCAUCUGCACCAAGAAAUGUUAUCUCUAAUAUAAACGAGACCUCGGUUAUCCUGGACUGGAGUUGGCCCCUGGACACAGGAGGCCGGAAAGAUGUUACCUUCAACAUCAUAUGUAGAAAAUGUGGGUGGAAUGUAAAACAGUGUGAGCCAUGCAGCCCAAAUGUCCGCUUCCUCCCUCGACAGUUCGGACUCUCCAAUACCACGGUGACGGUGACAGACCUGCUGGCACACACUAACUACACCUUUGAGAUUGAUGCCGUUAACGGGGUGUCAGAGCUGAGCUCCCCACCAAGACAGUUUGCUGCAGUCAGCAUCACAACGAAUCAGGCCGCCCCGUCACCUGUCAUGACGAUUAAGAAAGAUCGGACAUCCAGAAACAGUAUCUCUUUAUCCUGGCAGGAACCUGAACACCCAAAUGGGAUCAUAUUGGACUACGAGGUCAAAUACUAUGAAAAGCAGGAACAAGAGACAAGUUAUACCAUUCUGAGGGCAAGAGGCACAAAUGUUACCAUCAGUAGCCUCAAGCCUGACACUACAUAUGUAUUCCAAAUUCGAGCCCGAACAGCAGCAGGAUAUGGGACCAACAGCCGCAAGUUUGAGUUCGAAACUAGCCCAGACUCUUUCUCCAUCUCUGGGGAAAACAGCCAAGUGGUAAUGAUCGCCAUUUCAGCGGCAGUAGCAAUUAUUCUCCUCACUGUCCUCACAUAUGUUUUGAUUGGGAGGUUCUGUGGCUAUAAUAAGUCAAAACACAGUACAGAUGAAAAAAGACUUCACUUUGGGAAUGGGCACUUGAAACUUCCAGGCCUCAGGACUUACGUGGACCCACACACAUAUGAAGACCCUACCCAGGCAGUUCAUGAAUUUGCCAAGGAAUUGGAUGCCACCAACAUAUCCAUUGACAAGGUCGUUGGAGCAGGUGAAUUUGGAGAAGUAUGUAGCGGUCGCUUAAAACUUCCUUCAAAAAAAGAGAUCUCAGUGGCCAUCAAGACCCUGAAAGUAGGGUAUACAGAUAAACAGAGAAGAGACUUCCUGGGAGAAGCAAGCAUAAUGGGACAAUUUGACCACCCCAAUAUCAUUCGGCUAGAAGGAGUUGUUACUAAAAGUAAACCAGUUAUGAUUGUCACAGAAUACAUGGAGAAUGGAUCCUUGGACAGUUUCUUACGGAAACAUGACGCCCAGUUUACAGUCAUCCAGCUAGUAGGGAUGCUUCGAGGCAUAGCAUCUGGCAUGAAGUACCUGUCAGACAUGGGUUAUGUUCAUCGAGAUCUCGCUGCUCGGAACAUCUUGAUCAAUAGCAAUUUGGUGUGUAAGGUUUCUGAUUUUGGACUUUCACGUGUUCUAGAAGAUGACCCGGAAGCUGCCUAUACAACAAGAGGAGGGAAGAUCCCUAUCCGGUGGACAUCACCAGAAGCGAUAGCCUACCGCAAGUUCACGUCAGCCAGCGACGUGUGGAGUUACGGGAUCGUUCUCUGGGAGGUGAUGUCGUACGGAGAGAGACCAUACUGGGAGAUGUCCAAUCAGGAUGUAAUUAAAGCUGUGGACGAGGGCUAUCGACUGCCACCCCCCAUGGACUGCCCAGCUGCCUUGUAUCAGCUGAUGCUGGACUGCUGGCAGAAAGACAGAAACAACAGACCCAAGUUUGAGCAGAUUGUCAGCAUUCUGGACAAGCUUAUCCGGAAUCCCGGCAGUCUGAAGAUCAUCACUAGCGCAGCAGCAAGGCCAUCAAAUCUUCUUCUGGACCAAAGCAAUGUCGACAUCACUACCUUCCGUACAACAAGCGACUGGCUUAAUGGUGUCCGGACAGCACACUGCAAGGAAAUCUUCACGGGGGUGGAGUACAGUUCCUGUGACACCAUAGCCAAGAUUUCCACAGAUGACAUGAAAAAGGUUGGUGUCACCGUGGUUGGGCCACAGAAGAAGAUCAUUAGUAGCAUUAAAGCUCUAGAAACACAAUCCAAGAAUGGUCCAGUUCCAGUGUAAAGUACAACUUCUGGAAGGAAGUGGUGGCUGUGGAAAAUGUAGCAUCCUUCUGUAGACAGACAAUAGUGCUGGAGAUAUUGCUGGAAGUUUCAAGUCCUAUAAGACACUCAGAUAUGAGUACAAAUGCCUUAAAAAUGGAAUUGAAAAACUCUUUUUUCUUCUAUUAUUUAGUGGAUGGAUGGGUGGGUGUAUUUUGGUUUGUAGUUGAUUUUAAUACUAGUUGAUUGAUUAAAUUAAACCUCUUCAGUGCAAAGUGACAAAGAACUAGCCUAGAGCCAUUGAUCUGAAACUGACUAUUAAAAAAAGUAGAUGAAAUAACAAAAAGGACAUAGUGGCAGUAUUUAUGAAUAGCCACAAAUGAAAAGACUUGGGAUAUUUUUAUACACAGAAGAAAUCUGUUACAGGUAUUUUGUUUCUUUAAAAGCAAGAAAAAUAGAGGAAUUUAUACCUCAAGCUAUCUGGCCAUAUUUACUACCUUAUCAUUGUAUUAUUCUCUUUUAUCUGUUUAAAGCAUAUAGACAUAAAGUUUGUAGUUGUUUUAAGUACUAUACAUUUUUUCCUUGUUAGCUUCCUUAAGUAUGUCAUGUAAAAAAAGUCUUUAAUUUUUGAAAAAAAAGUACGUAUUUAUUUUCUUUUGAAUUUUUUUAUUGUUUUAUAUUUAUGCUUUGAUGAUUUCAUUUGGAUUUGCUACAGCCAAGUGCCAAAUGCUCUCUCAAAUUGUCAGCAGUAGGAAACAUGUUUAAAAAGACACAAAGAAUGAUAGGUUUCUUUCUAGAAUUUUUGAACCAUCCACUUAGUAUUUUUUUUUAAAUUAAAUCUUUUUCUUGUCAUAUACUAAAAAGUCUAUCACGGUCUGAAUUAUCCCAUUCAUUUUUGUCUCUCCAUUUAUUAUAAACUCUAUGUUAAUUUAGUGUAAUAUACUGGCUUGUAUGUAAUGGAUUUUCAACUACAUGACAUACCUUUCCUGCUUUGGUGCUUUGAGACCAUCAUCUCCCUUCAGGGCGAAGGAGCCAUAUUAAAACUCCUGAGAAUAGCUACACUGGAAAGAAUUGGAACCCUAUUUAGGUAGCUGCAUUAAUUGGCAAUACAAUCUAUAGGCCAAUGCAUGAGUAAAAACAUCACUUGUUCACUUAACUUUGCUUAACCUUGCUGAGCUCUUUAUAGGGAAUGAUGAUAACUAAAUUACCCAUCUAUAUCACAGGGGUUUAGGUCAAUUACUUAAACAUUGCAAUCAUCAGUACUAGGUAUUAUCUUUAAGAGUCUUCCAUUUCGAUAUACCUGUUGUGGUUUUGGUAUAUAAUAACUUAGGUGAAUCCAACUUCCUUAAGGUUAUUCAACACAUCAUUUGUGGAAUAGCUGGUCUCGUAGCAAAUACCACAAAAUAUACAGGCAAUCAAAAGAUCUCUCAUUGAAGGCAUUUAAAUUUACUCUUACUUAAAGGCCUAAUAUGAGCUUGCUCAGUAUUAUUUGAAAGGAUGGUGGAAAUUUAGCUAUUAAAACAUCCUGAAGCAACAUAUUAGCUCUGUCUAUACUCUUUCUAAUGCUAAUGGGUAUGAGAAAUGCAUAUGUCAUAAGAGUAGAAUGGAUAAAACAAUGCUGCAAUCUUUAUGUUCUUAUGCAAAAUAAAGCACUAUUGAAAUAAAACUGAAAAUUCCAGAAAAUUCACAUGUGCUAAUCUGUUGUAGAUUUAGUGCAAUAAAGCUUAGAUUGUGUUCUUCCAGGUAAGAGAUUGUUCCUAUAAUGUUGGCAAUAUUCCUUAUAGUCAAAUCAAGCUACCAGAAUACUGUAUUGGAUAUACAAGAGCAUGAACUUUUUCAAAAGAUUAAUCACAAAUUUAACUUAAGCCUGCUACUACAGGUAUUUUUUAAUCAAGUAUUUUGUGUUUUGGAAUUUUAGAAUGAGACCUGAAUAUGGCCUAAAACUAAUUGUUUUCCAGACUUGCAUUUACUUUUUCAGACACAAUUCUGAUCAUACUCUACAAAGUAAGUGCUUUUCAGAAGCUAAUUGAAGUUGGGUAAUGUGGAAUCUAUUGACAUUUCAAAUUAUUUUGGCUGUGGUUUCUGUUUGAAAAUAGAGGUUGUAUACACAGUAUAUUGCUCCUCAUUUUUCAGUGUUUUUCUACUUGAGAUCUUAUAAAUUUGCUUUACACAGUUCUUACCCUGUACAUAUGUAAACAUAAGUGUACUAUUCUUAACUGUCAAGUAGAGGUACUAGAGUGCUUAUGGCCAUCUCUUUUUACAGGAACAGCAUUGACUUCAAAUAAUAUGAAACCACAAUUCCUUCACAAUGUUUAUGUACCAUAUUAUCAGUUUUGUAUCUUAAAUUUGAUUUGCAUAUAUUAUUUAUUUCUGGUAACUCACUCAGUUUAUGCUGUGCUAAGUAUCAAUUAAGCCACGUAUAAAUGUGAUAUGACUGACGAGAUGCGUUUACUCUAAAUUUGUCUUUUAAAAACAUGACUCAUCUAGUUUAUGUUGUGCAGUGUAGAUGGCCUCUUACUAAUGUAAAAUGAUUUGU